AUGGCAGCCGCCAGUGGAGAUUUCGCCGAUGCGGAUGACCCGAACAAACCAAGUAAUGAAGAAAACAUUGUUGGCGCUGGAUACGAAUACCUGGACCACACUGCAGAUGUCCAACUUCAUUCAUGGGGUAGCACACUUGAAGAAUCCCUUGAGAUGGUUGUACAGUCAAUGUUUGGCUACAUGACAGAUAUUAACACAGUAGAAAUGACAGAUACGCAAAGAAUAGAAGCAGAAGGUCAUGAUAUGAUAUCGCUGUUAUAUCAACUCCUCGAUGAAUUCCUUUUUGUCUUCUCAGCAGAACCUUUUUUUAUUGCAAAAGAAGUAAAAAUUAUUGAAUUUGAUAGAGAAAAUUUCAAGAUUGUGGCAGAAGGAUAUGGGGAGACUUUUGACCUAGAUAAACAUCCACAGGGCACUGAAGUAAAGGCAAUCACUUACUCCAACAUGCAGGUACAUGAAGAGGUGCCGACCAAUGACUGUUAUGUAAUAAUUGAUAUCUAGCUAAAUUAUAUCAUACAAGAAAUGGACCUCACAUUUCUAAUGACUUUUCUCGAACCGGUCACACUGCCCUCAUGUGACCAAAGACAGUUUAUAUUUGUUUUUUAUUCAAGAUGUUUUUCAACCACUGCAUGCAUCCAUUCUAAAGAACUCUUCUGGUUUUCGCUGAAAUAUUUGUAAAAAUAAAAGAAAAAACACCUGCAACAUCUCAGGACUAGCCUAUGAAAUAAAUUCAGCCACAUAAUCACCAUUUUUACCAGAUAGUCAUACAAGAAAUCCUAGCAACAGUGAACUAUUGCUUGAUUUGCAACACCACAUUAUAAUUAGCUCCACUGUUAUCUUAUGGCAUUCAUUUAUAAACAAAUUCUUCUUGAAAAUUACUGAAUUGUAUAUUUGAUGUAUAUCCACUUUGUGAGUUUUAUAUAAUUUAUUGAUGAUCAUAAUUGAACCAAUUAAAACUGAUAAACCUUUUUCUUUAAAUAUCUUCUCUGAAAAUGUUGAAUAUACAAUACAGAUUUAGGUUGAUGUUACCA